AUGGCCUACAAGUUGAGGGAUAGGAAUGAAGACCCGCUGGUCUAUAGAGAGAGAAGUUCAUCGGAUUCCGAAAGCGAUUCGGAUGGCUAUGACGAUCCAGAUUACUCCAACAGGCCUAUGAGACGACAACCAAGGCAACAACACCAGCACAUUCCAGGCGAUGUGGGAAUGGCCGAUCAUUUGAACAUGAAUGGCACUGCUGGAUUGGUUAGAAGACGUUCCGGUCGCCCGCCGAGGAAUCCUGCUCCUGCCCCAGCACAAAAUCAAGCGCCAAAUAUUGCGCCAAUUCCUGAGAGAAGAAGGAGGAGAAGGCGAGCUCCGUAUUCACUGCGAAAACUGAGCAACGCUCCAAGAUUCCAAGAGAAGAAAACAAUCCUGGCAUUGCUGAUAGACAUGGGAAGAGUUGAGGACAACCAACUAGUCUAUUACUGGGACCAGGUCAAAAGGAAAGUAACCCUUCAUGGCAAAAUUAGCCGAGCCGGGAUUCACUGCAGAUGCUGCGAAAAGGUGGUUACCGUUUCCGAAUUUGAGGAUCAUGCUCGGAGCGGUUUCAAAGGCGAGCCAUAUAGGAACAUUGCGUUGAGAGACGGCACAACUCUUUUCGUAGGCCAAUUUGUGGCAUGGUGCAAGAUAAUGGAACUUUCAGGUUGGUCUUUGUUAAACAAUGACUUUGAGCCUAAGAAGAAUGCCAUGGACAAGAGUGACGACGCUUGCAUUGUAUGUGCUGACGGCGGAGACUUGAUUUGCUGCGAAAAGUGCCCCUCCACUUUUCAUUUCAGCUGCCUCAACAUGGAGAGAAUUCCUCAAGAUGAUUGGCUCUGUGCAUAUUGUGUGUGCAAGCACUGUGGACUCUCAGAAGGCGACACUGAAAUCUCUGAAUGCACUUUGUGUGAGAAGACAUGUAUGUGA